AUGGGUCUGCUCUCUCUAGGAACGCCGCUCGACUGGAAGGAUGCUCAGCCCCUCGCAUCCCACGUCCGAAAGCACGGCAUCGAGCAGUUCCUCUCCUUGUGGAACCAGAUCAAGGACCGACGCGGCGAUAUCCUCCUCUGGGGUGACGAGAUCGAAUACAUUGUCGUCGCUUUCGAUGAAGAGACACAAAAUGCGAAGCUGUCUUUGAGGCAAGAAGAGAUCCUCAAGGUGCUCUCGGCCAGCGAUCAAGAGACGCGAGAGUCCGCCCCAGGUCUCGCAGGCCAAAUCCCAACAUUCCAUCCCGAGUUCGGCCGCUUCAUGCUCGAGUCGACGCCAGGGUCACCAUACGGUGCCAGUCCGAAAGAGCUCCGAGGUGUGGAGCGGAACAUGCGUCUACGCAGGCAGAUUGCUCGAUCGCAUCUCAAGCCCAACGAGCUUCCCAUCACGCUCACCUCGUAUCCCCGUCUCGGUGUCACCGACGCUCCCUUCACAGAACCGCACUACGAGGCCAACGGUAACGCUUUCCGCUCCAUGUUCCUCCCAGACGAGCUGAUCAACCCGCAUGCGCGUUUUCCGACGUUGGCCGCCAACAUCCGCAAACGACGAGGCGCCAAGGUGGCAAUCAACAUGCCCAUCUUCAAGGACGUCAACACGCCAUCACCGUUCAUCGACCCGAGCAUCCCAUGGGACCGCGAGCUAUUUCCAGAAGAUGCCGAGGCAAAAGCAGGUGCCGCCAAGCCGGAUCACAUCUACAUGGACGCGAUGGGCUUCGGAAUGGGCUGCUGCUGCCUUCAAGUCACCUUCCAGGCCUGCUCGGUGCAAGAGGCGCGUACGGUCUACGAUCAGCUCGUCCCCAUCAGCCCGCUGCUACUCGCCCUCACAGCCGCAUCGCCCGCCUACCGCGGCUACCUCGCCGACGUCGACUGUCGCUGGAACGUCAUCUCUGCCGCCGUCGACGAUCGCACUCCGCAAGAACGAGGCGAGCCCGCCCUUCCGCUCCCCGGUCACACCGCACGGGGCGGCCUCGACCGCGAUGCAUCCCCCAUCCCAAAAUCACGCUACGACUCGGUCGACUCGUACAUCUCGCAAGACCCGCUCAACCGUCGUCACUACAACGACAACCCCCUUCCCAUCAAUCCUGAGGUUAAGCAGCAGCUUCUCGACGCAGGAGUCGAUGACUUGCUCUCGGACCACCUCGCCCACCUGUUCAUCCGCGAUCCGAUCGUCAUCUUCUCGGAAAUGGUUGACCAAGACAACGAGACGAGCACGGACCAUUUCGAGAAUCUUCAGUCGACCAACUGGCAGACGAUGCGGUUCAAGCCGCCGCCUCCUGGCGGGCGCAUCGGGUGGCGUGUCGAAUUCCGUUCCAUGGAGGUGCAGAUCACCGACUUUGAAAACGCCGCUUUCAGCGUCUUCAUCGUUUUGCUGACGAGAGCGAUCUUGAGCUUCGGCCUGAACUUCUACAUGCCGCUGUCGAAGGUGGACGAGAACAUGGCGACAGCGCACCGACGCGAUGCGGUGAACGGGGAGAAGUUUUGGUUUAGGAAGGAAGUGUAUCGGACGCGCAAUCGACAUGCAUCGCGCCAGGCGAGUCGGCAGGUUUCGCGCGCCAGCUCGGUGGAGAACCUCACCAACGGUGCGAGCGAGAACGGGAACGGUCGGAGCAGUCCUCAUAGCAUUGCAUCGUCCUCGUCGGAGGCAGAAGAGGAAUAUGCAGAGUUCACCAUGGACGAGCUGAUGAAUGGAAAGGGGGACGACUUCCCAGGCCUGGUGGGGCUGGUGCACAACUACCUCGACAGCCUCAACAUCGAUGUCGAGACGCGGUGCGAGAUGGGGCUGUACCUCGAUCUCGUCUCCCAACGAGCGAGCGGGAAGCUGAUGACGACGGCAACGUGGAUUCGAAACUACGUGCGAGGGCAUGCGGAGUACAAGGGCGACUCGGUGGUGAGUCAGAAGAUCAACUACGACAUGAUCAAGGAGCUGGAUCGGAUCGAGAGGGGAGAGGUGGAUGCACCGGGUUUCUUGCCCAAAGGGUAUGCGAUGAGGAGGAAGAGCCAAGAGACCAAGCCGGACUUGAAGGCGUGA